CAUGGAAUUUGCGUGGUCGGAUACCUGCUGCAUCAACAAGAGUAGCAGUACCGAGCUCGACGAGUCGAUUCGCUCCAUGUUUCGUUGGUAUGGAAACUCGGCCAUCUGCAUCGUCCAUCUGGCACAAAGCGAGACUAUCGAGGAUAUAAUGAAGGAUGAAUGGACUGAAAGGGGCUGGACGCUGCAAGAACUCCUUGCGCCCACUCGAAUCAGAUUCUUUAACAAGUACUGGAUGCCCAUGACGGGUGACAAGAAUGACAAGAAUCAUAGGGAUGACAUCGACGAGUUCCUGGUUAGUGGGCCCUUACUGUCCAACCUGAGGCGUCGGGAACCGUCUCAAAUACUGGAGACUCUGGAGAGAGCUACUGGCAUUCCUCACGAUGACCUACAACGCAAGUUUUCUCCAAGUCCGACCGAGGUGGAUAAACGGAUGACGUGGGCGGCCAGACGCAACACAACAAGGGUAGAAGAUGUGGCCUAUUCCCUGAUGGGAAUGUUUGAUGUCAGCCUGCAGAUCGCGUAUGGAGAAGGAGGAGACCGCGCAUUCUGCAGGCUCGUAGAAGCCAUCAUACAGGCUGGUGACCCCUCUGUCCUCAACUGGAAAGGCGAAGCUGCGAGGCAUCAUACUUCGCAUGCUAUUCCUCGAUCGCCACAGAGCUUCGUGGGCUAUCGAGAUUUGGAAUUUGAAGGUGGGCGGCUGGAGAUGACUAUGACCAGCCUUGGCUUGCGGGUGCCUCUGGUGAUACUCCCUCUCAGUAUCAGUUCAAAUAUGUAUGCGGGGCAUGGCUACAGCAUCACGCUAGACUGCCCGCUAUGUCCAAGCAUCAAGAUUGAUAUCGAUACCAACCACCAGCUCGCCUCCAUUGAUCAGUAUGCACUCGGAAUUGUCAAUUAUUCACUCAUCAGCCAUGUGCCAGGGAUCCGGAGCAAGUCAGCUGGUUUCAUCCUAUACCGGCAACCUGAUCUUUUCCACUAUUUACCCGCCUGUAAACCCGAAUGUGCCGAAUUUGUUGGGCUUAGAUUCUCGUCACCGAAGGAGAGAUUCACUGAAUGGAAGCUGGUAGAAGAGGUGGGUCUAGUCGAGGUCGAAUUCCCAAAUAUCCCGGAUGAACCAGUUUGCUACAUUGAUCAUCAAUACCUACACACCGUAUACUUGUAGCGCCGGCUCUACUCCCCAAUGCAACUGUUGCCAAAGCAGUUCGACUUGAGGACAUUCGAAUGCGGUAUAUUUUCUACCGAGAGUUAAGCGACAAUAGUAGUAUGGUUGAUCAAACCCCACGAUGCAAUAGGCUCGUGGUG